AUGCCUGGCCUCUACUGCCCCUCCAGCUGGACGCCGCUGCCCCUCACCGACUCCAGCGUCCGGGCCUGCACCAACGGCCCCUGCCUCAGCCUGCGGGCUCGGCUCACCUACCACAACCCUCAGCCGCAGCCGGUGGAGGGCGUGUUCGUGUACCCGCUGGCUGAGGCCGAGGUGGUGUCGGGCUUCGAGGCCGAGGCGGCGGGACGGCGCGUCUCCUUCCAGCUGCAGAGCCGGCGCCGCUCCCAGCCCGCCUGCUGUCGCGCGCUGGGCCCGGCGCUGGGCGCCUCCACGCCCCGCCGCUGCGCGCAGGGUCAUCUCGUCUUGGAUCUGGCCCAGGCUCGGUCUGCGCUGGUGCUGCCUACGGGCCUUAUUGCUGCGGCUGGCACCAUGACAGUGACCCUGUGCAGCAGCUGGGAGCUGCCCUCAAGGCCUGACGGGGUGCUGCAUGUGGUCCUGCCCACUGUGCUCACCCCGCUGGCCCCACCAGGCCCACCGGGGCCCCUCAGGCCUCCGGGGCUCUGUGACGACAGCCCCACCAGCUGCUUUGGGGUGGGCAGCCCCCAGGAAGAAGGGCUGGCCUGGGAGGAGCCAGUUGCCCCGCGGGAUGUGUUCUCAGGCCCUGCCCGCUGUCCUGCUCCCUACACCUUCUCCUUCGAGAUGCUGGUGACAGGGCCAUGCCUGCUGGCAGGCCUGGAGAGCCCCUCCCAUGCCCUGCGGGCAGAUGCACCUCCCCAUGCAAGUUCAGCAGCCACCAUCUGUGUCACCCUGGCUGAGGGCCACCGCUGUGACCGGCUCUUGGAGAUCCUGCUGCACCCAAGUGAGCCCCAUCAGCCACACCUGAUACUCGAGGCAGGCAGCCUGAGUGCAGUGGAGUACGAGGCGUGGGUGAAAGCCCGCCGUGAUUUUCAGAGGCUGCAGCGAAGAAGGGACAGUGAUGGGGACUGGCAGGUGUGCUUCUUGCAGCGACGCUUCCACAAGGACAUCCUGCUUAACCCCGUGCUGGUGUUGAGCUUCUGCCCUGACCUGAGCACCAAACCUGGACACCUGGGCACCGCCACCCGAGAGCUCCUGUUCCUGCUGGACAGCAGCAGCACUGUGCACAAGGAUGCCAUCAUUUUGGCUGUGAAAUCUCUCCCACCCCAGACGCUCGUCAACCUGGCAGUGUUUGGGACAUCAGUGCGACCACUCUUCCCAGACAGCAGGCCUUGCAAUGACGACACUGUGCAGCUGAUAUGUGACAGCCUUGAGACCCUGCAAGCUGUGAGUGGUCCCCCAGACAUUCUGGCUGUUCUGGACUGGGCCAUGGUGCAACCCCAGCACAAGGCCCACCCUCGGCAGCUGUUCCUGCUCACUGCAGCCUCACCUGCGCUUACCACUACCCACCAAGCUCUAGAGCUCAUGAGAUGGCACAGAGGGGCAGCCAGGUGCUUCUCCUUUGGGCUGGGGCCUGCUUGCCACCAGCUGCUCCGGGAUCUGUCGGCCCUCAGCAGGGGCCAGGCCUACUUCCUGAGGCCAGGGGAGAGGCUGCAGCCCAUGCUGGUGCAGGCCCUGCGGAAGGCCCUGGAGCCCGCUCUGAGUGACAUCUCUGUGGACUGGUUUGUGCCCGACGCUGUGGAGGCACUGCUGACUCCCCGAGAGAUCCCAGCCCUUUACCCUGGGGACCGGCUGCUUGGUUAUUGCUCACUUUUCAGGGUGGACAGCUUCCGGCCCCGCCCAUCAGGGGGCCAAGAGCCAGGAUGGCAGAGCUUGGGCGGCUCGGUGUUCCCGUCCCCAGAGGAGGCACCAUCUGCCACAAGCCCUGGCACUGAGCCCACAGGCACCUCUGAACCACCCGGGACAGGCCUUGUGUCAGCAGAGCUGUCUGGUCUGUGGACUGCUGGGGACUCCGAGCGGAGUUCAGAUGCCCUGACAGAGCCCAUCACAGACCCUGGCCCCAACCCCUCUUCUGAUCCAGCCAUAUGGCGCCGCAUCUUUCAGUCCUCCUACAUCAGGGAGCAGUAUGUGCUCACCCACUGCUCAGCCAGCCCUGAGCCCGGCCCAGGCUCCACAGGCAGCAGUGAGUCCCCAGGAUCCCAGGGCCCUGGCUCCCCUGAGGUCAGCACUCCCCUGGGACCCCCUUCUCAGCAGGGCUGCCGUAGCCUGGCCUGGGGAGAACCUGCAGGCUCCCGCUCCUGCCCCUUACCGGCGGCACCCCCACAGACUGCACUCAAGGCAGUGGCCUUGAGUACAGAGGUGUUAGGUCGUCGGCGUAGAGCAGCACUGGCAGGCCGAAGCCUCUCAUCCCCUCCAGACCGAGCAAACCCAGCUGCUGGCCGGCCACGGCAGCCCUCUCUGGGUACAGUGCUGGACGGGCCAGGCCUGGAAUCAAGCCAACAGUUGGGACAGGGCCUGGAUGACUCAGGAAACCUGCUCUCCCCGGUCCCCAUGGACUGGGAUAUGUUGAUGGAACCGCCCUUCCUGUUCACAUCUGUGCCCCCUGGUGGGGAGUCGGCUCCACCAGCAGUGCCAUCGCCUCCCCAGGUGCCGCACUGCCAUGUGGUGAUCCGGGGCCUGUGUGGGGAGCAGCCCAUGUGCUGGGAAGUGGGUGUUGGGCUAGAGCCACUGUGGGGAGCACAGCCUCCAUCACCCUCUGUGAAAGAAGCCACCUGGGACCAAGCACUCCACAGACUGACUGCAGCCUCUGUGGUGCGAGACAAUGAGCAGCUGGCUCUCCGAGGAGGGACAGAGACCACAGCGGACCGGGGCCACGCCCGGAGGUCUUGGCUCCGAGCCCUUCAGACUAGCAAGGUCAGCUCUGCCCCCUCCUGCUUCACCUGCCCUGUAGCUGUGGAUGCCAGCAGCAGGGAGGCCCUACCCGAGGCCCUGCAGGUGCAGAGCUCAGAGGUCCUCGAGCCCCCAAGUGCCCUUUCUGCCCCGCAGACCCAUCCCACUGCAGCUCCUUUGCACACCAACGCCCCCUCUAACGGUGCCUGUGAUUUGGGUCAAAAUGGCAACUCCAAGGCUGCUUUGAGGGACCCCGCGUUCCCUACUGGAGGUCCUCCCCACCCACUCCCACAGCCUCCAUCCCGGCUCAGCUUGGGCCGCCGCCGCACACUCUGCAGCCCCGACCCGGGUCAGACCAGCGAGGGUAGCAGCGAAGGCAGCGACCAUGACUACUUGCCCUUGGUGCGGCUGCAGGAGGCGCCGGGGUCCUUCCGCCUGGACGCACCCUUCUGCGCAGCCGUACGCAUCUCACAGGAGCGCCUAUGCCGAGCCUCACCUUUCGCAGCGCACCGUGCCAGCCUCAGCCCCACCUCAGCCUCAUCUCCUUGGGCACUUCUAGGUCCUGGUGUAGGCCAGGGUGACAGUGCAACAGCCUCCUGCAGCCCGUCCCCCAGCUCAGGCUCUGAGGGCCCAUGCCAGGUGGACAGUGGGCGCGGCUCAGACACCGAGACCUCGGAAGGAGCAAGAGGGUCAGGUGGUGCUGACUUGAGGGGCCGCACGUGGGCCACGGCUGUGGCGCUUGCGUGGCUAGAGCAUCGCUGUGCUGCCGCUUUCGGGGAGUGGGAACUGAGUGCUGCGAAGGCAGAUUGCUGGCUGCGGGCCCAGCAUCUGCCCGAUGGCCUUGAUCUGGCAGCGCUUAAAGCCGCCGCUAGGGGGCUCUUCUUGCUGCUGCGCCACUGGGACCAGAACCUGCAGCUCCACCUGUUGUGUUACAGCCCUGCCAAUGUGUGA